CCCCACCAACCCCCUUCCUCCUACCUGCUAUGUCCUGGUGUACUUGUUCCUUAGACUCCUAGGACUUGUGCAGAAGCACACGAGUAAUCCUACUAGCUUUCUUUGUAGCCUGCUGGCAAUAUUUACCAAGAGCUUGUGCAGAAAGCCCCUGCCACCCCUGGCCAGCCAGCCACCCUGCUCUGGCACUGCACUUCAUACAUGGCUGUUGGCCUCCCUGUGUCACAAAAGUGCUACCAAUCAACCUUCUGAUCUCCCUGACUUUAUUCAGAUAAGAUAAGGAAAAGAGCUGGUUCAAAGGUCCACAUUUUUAUUUUCUCAUUUGGCAUCUGCUCAACUGAUAGGAGAGCUCUCAAUUUUUCAGUGAAACUCCUGUUGUAAACGUAAAUCCACAGGCACGAAGCAUUGCUGUGUGGAUGUUGGUACCUUGCUGGCAUGCACCAGACAUGACCUGUCAUCCUGGGCAGGAACAGGGGUGCUCCUUCUCCCCAUCCGCUUCCUCCUGUCAGACAGGGAUGUCCCAUGCCAGGCUUACUGUGUGGGCGAGGUGCAUCAGCAACACACGUCAGAGCGGGAGCUGCCUCAGUUCCUCAGCAGCUGACCAUCCAAGUCGUCUUUCUUAAACCAGCUGCACUGCUUGUGCUCCCUUGACUUGCCAUGAGGCUGCCUUUGAUGGAUGUGAGCACCCCAAAAUUCUCACUCUCACCUCAGAAGCAGAGCCGAAAGCCCUCCUCUUCUCUCUUUGGUGAAACAAGGCAGGCUGGGCUUUUGAUCAUCAAAGUUUUCCUCUUUGGAAGGAGGAGGAGCCGUCUAGUCAUAGGUUCAUUGAUUCCUUGCCCAGCAGGAAUGUUUGCUUGGGCACAGCCAAGCCGCACCUCCGAUGACUGUAUCAGGCAGCGCUCUCUCUCUCUUGAUAGACUAUCAGCUGGGUUUAUCAGAGUAUCAACAACCGCCCCAUUCAAGGACUUGUCCCUCUGGCCAGCUCUCCCUGCAGAGCAGACAGGGGCUGCGUGGGAGCUGAGCUCACCUCUCAUUUCAAGGAAUCUUGACAGCAGAUUUUUAAGCUACUUAUUUACUUUUUUGGUCUGUGCAGGAAGUCUGAGCUAAAAAAAAAGACAGAAGUAUAAUUACUCUGGCACGCCUGCAUUCCUGCUCCAGGCUCAGGCGGGGAGGGACUCUUUCUUGUCGGAGCCAGGAAGAGAAGCUGAUCCCUGGAGAUCAUUGCCUCAAACGUGUGUAACUGAAACCUGCAGCCAUGCUGAAACAGAUACUAUCGGAAAUGUACAUUGAUCCUGACCUGCUGGCAGAACUCAGUGAGGAGCAGAAACAGAUCCUCUUCUUCAAGAUGCGGCAGGAACAGAUCAGACGGUGGGAGGAAAGAGAAGCUGUUAUGGACAAGGCUUCAGCAAAGAAACCACUGCUGAGAAAAGGUGCACAAUGCCCUGCAGUGAUUCACAUCCAGCCCACAGGGUGCUCUAGUUCUGUUCUUUCUAUAACCAGAUGUUGUGGACACACAGCGCUGCCACUGGAAGGACACAGUCUUGGUAGAGAUGACUCCAGCAUCAGGCCACCCCAGGAGACAAACAGAAGGAGAGAGACUGAUUCUUCUGUGACACAGUCUUUACAUCUACAACCAGGAGACCCGGGUGAGACAGGUCUUCAUGGGAAUAAGAAAAGCACUGUGGAUGAAAAAAAGGAAUGUGGGAGAAAAAUUACUGCUGAUUCAACAGGGAAAAGCCAGGAGCUCACAAAGAGGGAAACCAGAGAUGUUCACCAGAUGCUGGCAGACUGCCACGUGAGGAAACGUGGCUUCCAACAGACGAAGGAAGCACAGAGCAUAAAUCCAGGAGAAGAAACCACAGUCCCCCAGGAGGCAACACCACAGAGCCACCCCAGCUCAGAGAGCCAGAGGACACUGCAGAAAUUGGAUGAGAAUGAGCCUGAAUGGCAGGAAUCCUUGCGGAAGUCCAAGGCAGCAGAUGAGAAGAGACGCUCCCUUGCACGGCAAGCCAGGGACGACUACAGGAGACUUUCACUGCAGGGCAUCCACAAAGGGAAGCAGGCAGAUAUUUCCAAGGGUGCCACAGCAAGAGAUCGGCGACCACUCCAAUAUCCGCCUCUCCCCCCUAAGCCUAAACUUCUACCUCCUGUGAUGUCAAAUGGGAAAACGAUUCGGAAAGAGGGAAUCCAGAGGACAAUCUCCAAUUCCACUGAAGAAAGCAUCAUCAAGUGGUUCAAAGAGGAACAAUUCCCUCUCCGAGCAGGCUAUCAGAAAACCACAGAUGCAAUUGCACCUUGGUUCCACGGUAUCCUAACCUCUAAGAAAGCAGAGGAGCUUCUGAGUAAAACAGUACCAGGGAGUUUUCUGGUCCGGGUCAGUGAGAAAAUCAAAGGCUACGUACUCUCCUAUCGGUCUGUGGAAGGAUGUAAACACUUCCUCAUUGAUGCCUCCAGUGAUUCCUACAGCUUCCUUGGAGUGGACCAGCUACAACACUCGAUGCUGGCUGACCUUGUAGACUACCACAAGGACGAACCCAUCACUUCCCUGGGAAAGGAGCUGUUGCUUUACCCAUGUGGCCAAGAGGACCAAGAGCCAGAUUACAUCUCUCUCUUUGAAUGAGCCUCCUGGUCUCACUGUGCAGCCCCAUGCCCGUCAUCACAGACUGAACUUCCAACUAGAGCUGUUGAUGCUUACCUGAAAUAGUUGCCAUCAGUACCUCUAUUUUAUAUCCUUCACAACGAAGCAGUGGGAGGAUAAGUACUGUUGUGAGCUGUAUCAACUGAGUUAAUGGAUGCAUCAGCCCAGCAAGCUGCAAAGCACUUAGAUGUAUCCUGCACAAUGGAGUUAAUGAAGUGAUGAAGUAAUCAGUUGAACAGGGAGAUACUGCCAUGUAUUUUCAGUGGGUGUUUGCAGAUUUCCUGGGGGACUUCUGUAUUCAAGCUGCCUUUUGUUCUUGAAUGCCAGGUUGUGUGCCAUCUGGGAAAUAGAUUAGUAUCUACAGUUGAAUGAGAUCAUACCUUCUUGAAGGCACGAAACAACUUGGACGGGGUGAACUGUCUCGAUACAGUAAUUUGCAUAAUGUGAAGAUUAAUCCUGUAAAAUGCUGUGCCCUUGGAAUCAAGGAUGCUCAAGCCAAACAUCCAAGCAAACCCUCUGUGCCUUUCAGUGAAAGGUGUUCUCUGUGAAGAGGCAUUUUCAUGAAAAAUACAUUUUUAAAACUCCUUUAGCCUCUGAAUGUAGAUCCUCAUCCUUUUAACUUGUAUUUAAGUCUCACACUAGCCUUUCUGCAUAGAGAGAGAUUAACCUUUUGAAAGGGAAAGGAGAAGGUAUACAGGAAUUUGUAUGAAAGACUUCCACAUGCACAGAACCUAAAAGAUGUAAGAAGCAGUGCCUAUAUCAGUAUUAGUACAGUUUACAGAAGAGUGUUUGCCAGCAAAGAAUGCUAUUUUGCAAAAUGGAGCUAUUUAUUGCAAGUUGUGUCCAGAUUACCGAGAUGCAUCUGGUGUAAACUUUAAUAUAGAACUUGAUCUUUCAACAUAA